AGCCAUGUUCUGCCCAAGCCUCGGCGCGCAGGGGAGCCGGCGGCGGGGCGCUCCCGCGGAGGUGCCGCAUGUGACCGGCCUCCCGGCGGGGCCGCGGAGAGAGCGCGUGGGGUGCGCACGGUGCCUGGCCGGUGGCCAGCUGCGUCGGCAGGGCGGCCCCUCUCCGCAGCUCGGCGGUGCCCGCAGUCGCCGCCCGCGCGCAGCCGCGGAGGGGGAGGAUGGCCGCGGGCCUGCUCGGCGGGGCGAGCUCCGACGCGGCUGCGCGCGGGGCGGCCGCGGCUGUGGGGGCGGCGCUGGGCGGCGUGAAGAUCAAGUGGUGCAUCCCGCUGGUCUGCACGUCGGUUGCCCUGAUGCUCCUGAUGACGGGGAAGGCCGCGCGCCUAAGCUCGCAGCAUCUUCCUUCCUGCUCGUGUCCUGAUUCAUCUUCGGCCGCGGGUCCAGCGGAUUAUACUGUUUGCAACGGGGUGACCAACCAGAUGCUUGGUCACGCGGCAAACAUCGCGUGGGCGAUCCGUCAUGCAGAGGCCAUCAUGAUUCCGGACGUGUUCAUAAUGGACGGAUCUCAGGUUGUGCACGACGAUGCGUUGUGGAAGAAGAACACGUUGCCGACACCCGAAAAUUCUAUAUCUUUUGGAGCGGUGUUCGAUACAGCCGAGCUGAUCUCGGAGAUCAAAUCGCACGGGGCUAAUGUAACAUUAGUCCCGUACAUGGACAAGAUCCAAGGGAAGCUCGAUUGUUCUUUCACGUCGACUCUUCAAUCCUCCGAUCCGCGGGUUGUUACAAAAAUAUUAUCAUCCAUGGGACCAUCUGCGGGAGCAAGGUCACUACUGGCUGGUAUGCGAUCAGCAAUUGUGAAAUACAUCAACAACAAAGAGGGGUUGCUCGUAGAUGCUGCAGACAUGUUUAUGGGCGCCUCGCCAUCGCACCCAGGUGUUUGCCUUCACCAUCGCGAGGGUGAAGAUUGGGAACGACAUUGCGCGGAAUGGGAAGCUCGAUCUCGGUCAAACCGAAAUUGCAUGAGCAAGAAACCUUUGUCACAGGGCGUGUUGCGGCGCACCUCGCAUCUUCGAUCCCCGUGGAUAUUCUACGUGGGAGACCGCGCCAUCCCCAGGGAGGUGGCGUCUCUGGGGAUGCCUAUAGUCAGCCGCGAGUUGGCGUUUCCCUCCACAUCGGAGGUCGUGUCAGCUUUCACGAGCCGCUCGAUCAAGUCGGUCCCUCGUGAUAUUGGUGCAGUGUUGGAUUAUUUUCUUUGUUUCAGCAUGUCUAUUUUCAUUGGCAACUCUGUGUCGUCGUGGAGCGCGGUCCAGAUCGCGCAGCGGAGCGGCAUGGCCUCGUGGUAUAACUCUCAGUUUAUCCCCCUCGCCAGCGCUUGGCGGACGUUCCACGUCCCCAUUGUGUACACCUACACCGAGGGGAGUUCUUUGUCGGGCAAGUACUUGCUGCAGGUGUCCAUACUCUCGGUGAAGCGAUCCAUUAUGCCUGGCGCGGUCAUCCAUAUGUUGUACCAUGGGAUUGGCGCGGGCGAUGCCGAUUUUCGGCGAUGGCUGCUCGAGCGCGGCGUCGUCAUGCACGAGCACCACCCGCAGUGGACGAGCGAGGUCGAGCGCCUGCGCCUCGCGGGCGACACGCAGGCCAGCCACCUGUACAGCAGCCAGGGGAAUUACCUGGGGACCUGGCAGCGUAUCGAUAUCCCGUUUCACCUCUCGGUGGAGUAUUGCCUGCUCCUCGACUCCGACACAAUCGUGACGCGGGAGUUCACCCUGGCGGAUUUUGGGGAGGAUUCCGACCUGACGAUAGGCAUGGCCCAGUCUUCGGAGCUGAACGAGAACGACGGCAUGCCAAGCAACGCCGGCGUCACGCUGAUGAACGUCCCGUUUCUGCGGGAGAGCGUCAGGCAGUUCCACGAGUUUAUUUUCCGCCACCAGACUCCGGACUUUGCCAUGGGCCCGUCGGACCAGGGGGCAUACCUGGAGUAUUACGGCCCGAACAUCCAGUUCCUGAGCACGCGCUUCAACAUGAAGCCGUAUUAUCAGAUCAUUACAAUACGACCAACUGGAAGGAGAGGUAUGUCGUCCAUUUCCACGGAUUGAAGCCGAACGAUUUCAUGGAAUUUUGGUUAGCAGGCACGUGUGAGCCUCUGAAGUGUUAUUUGUUGUUCCGAUUCGAGGGUUCUCCAUUCCAGUGUGCUGGCAUGCAGGAUUGGGCGAAGGCGGCCUUCCACGAGGGCCCACAGGUCGUCGAGAAUUAUUGCAACCAUACAUUGCCUAAGUACUGGAAGCUCUGCUCUGACAUCUUAAAGUCCUUGGCUCGAAAGACGUCGCCCGUGGGCAGGUCGUGCAAGACUUUGAUCCAGGACGUCAUUAUAGCGAGCGGGUUGGACGUGGUCGAUUUUCCUUAUCUGGAUUAGCUGCCUCCGCCCGCUCUCGCCGCAUAGUGUGCUCACUCUGUGCGGAAAUGCGCCCCGAUUCCUCACUGACUGUCCGCCCCUUGCGCCCUCUGUCUCGCCCCUGCUCUAGAGCCACCUCCCG